UGGGAAUCUCUUGUCAGGAGGACAGAAGGAAAAGCCUGGCAGGAUAAGAGGCAGUGAGGUGAGGACCAUGGCGUCGUGAUGAAGGAAUCUGGGGGAUGCAAUACACUGAGAGGAUUUAGGAAUGCUCGGUGUCAUGGCGACCGUUGCCUGCAGCUGCUUCGUCUCGUGCCAACCGCUGGAUCCAAUUCCUGUCAUGGCGUCCGAUGCAUGACGUGCGUCCAGCUGCUCGCCUCAACAGCGUCUCGGAGGACGGCGACGGUCUCACCAUGGCCACCUCUUCUCCCGCGACUGGUUUGCUCAAUUGGUUCCACCUCCUCCCUGCACCGCUCAGCCUGCACCUGAUGCGAUCGCCGUGGAUCAGGUCGUUCGUCGCUCACCGAGGAUGGGGUCUUGCCACCUUGGUGCCAUCCGUCCGCGUCCUCGCAGGACCGUCGUUCUCUUGCGCAGGUUUCGUCGGACCUGUGCGUGCGAGCCACGCGAGCGCUCGCGAGAGUCGCCUUGCCUAGGCGUCUGAUUCACCUUACCGUGUAACGCAGAUCGCUGGAGUGAGCAGCCAUGGCGGCCGUGGUGAUGCCUAUCCAUUCGUACACGUGGGUCUUCGUCUUCACGCUGCUCUUCGCCUUCCUCGAUGGCUACUCCAUCGGUGCGAACGACGUCGCCAAUUCCUUCGCGACGUCGGUCGGAUCGAGGUCGCUCACCCUCAAGCAAGCCGUUUGCAUUGCUUUCUUCACUGAAUUCGGAGGAGCCAUAGCUCUUGGCGCCACCACGACCAAGACAGUUAAGGACGGGAUAAUUAAGACUUACCUGUUUGACGAUCGGCCAGACCUUCUCAUGACAGGCUUCAUGUGCGCGUUAAUAGCCUCCUCGACAUGGGUCAUGACUGCGACCUAUCUAGGCCUCCCGCUCUCGACCACACACUCCAUAAUCGGUGCGCUUAUCGGUGUUGGCAUUAGCGCGUACGGCAGGGGCGCUGUCAACUGGGGUUGGCAGGGUAAGGGCGUGGCGCAGAUUGCAACGUCAUGGAUCCUAGCCCCAUGCCUAGCUGGCAUCCUGGCAGCGAUCAUCUAUACAAUCACACUCUUUGCUGUCUUGAAACGGAGAAAUUCGCUCCGAGCUGGCAUCUGGGCAGUUCCUUUCUACUUCACCAUCACCAUCUUCAUCGUCAGUUUCUACGUCGUCUCAAGAAACGGACGGUCGAGCUUCACCAUCGAUGCGAGUUCCAUCGGCGGCGGGCUCGAGGUCAGUGGCAACAUCGGCCUGGCGUUUGGCAUCAUCGGGGCCAUAACAGGCACUGUUCUCAUCUUCUCUGUUGGCUUCCUCGUGCCGUUCUUUAUCCGACGGCUGGAGAAGGAGGAGUCCCUCAAGUGGUACCACGUGUUCUGCAUCCACUGCCUGCCAGAGCAGCCUCACGACCCCAAGAUCGACCUGUACCUGAAACGCGCCUUUACCCCGCAGCUGCUGAACGACGCUGACAAGACGGAGCUCGGAAUGCCUGUGGAGGAUGACGAGGAGAGCAAGGAGGAGCAGGAGGAGCGGGAGGAGAGGGAGUGGCGCAGAUGCAGGAACCCCGUUGUGCGCUUCUUGGGCCACGUCAAGUGGCUGCUGCUGCGCACGCUCUACAUCGACGUUGCGACGGUGCAGCACGAGAACAGGGGUGCUGUGCGCGCGCACGAGGUGGCGAUCCUCUACGACAACAAGACGGAGUACCUCUACUCGCUGCUGCAAGUCGUCACCGCCUCCUUUGCGAGUUUCUCCCACGGCUCCAACGACGUGGCGAAUGCUCUGGGUCCCCUCGCUGGCGUGUUCCAGAUCUGGGACUCCGGCACCUUCACCACGAACGCCAGCGUGCCGUACUGGAUGCUCGUCAAUGCCGGGCUUGCCAUUGACGUCGGUCUUGCUCUAUUUUCUCCUCCCCAUUUCCAUCCAGAUGGUUACAACAUCAUGCGUAACCUCGGCAACAACAUCACGUACCACUCCCCCUCGCGCGGCUUCUCAAUGGAGCUGGGAGCAGCCCUUUCUGUGAUAACAGCAUCCUUCCUUGCCCUCCCAGUCUCCACCACUCAGUGCAUUGUUGGUGCCACUGUGGCCGUGGGUCUCUGCAACUGCAACUGGAGGGCCAUCAACUGGGGCAUGGUGGCCAUUGCUGGCUUUGGCUGGGUGUUGACUCUCCCUGUGGCUGGCAUUGCUGCUGGUCUGCUCUAUGCUCUCCUCACUCGUGGCCCUAGUUUCACCUUGCCUUCUGGCAUGGAAGUUGGCUGAACAGGGUUGGAGAUAUAUUUCCCCAAUACAAGCCAUUGUAUAUUCAUACCCAAAGCUCAUUUGCUCGAUUUAUAUUUUCCAUGAAAAUGGACGUGGCUGUGUAGUGUACAUUCCCACC